UAAAAACUACUAAAAAUAGUAAGUGUAAAAAUUCUAAAGUGUACUGAGGGGUAAGUAAUUCAGGUAUGAUUUUUAAAAAUUUAGAGGUGGGGAAUAAAUGGGAUUUUCAAGGGUAAGUGCAGAGCUGUACGGAUUUUCACCAAAUUUUUCCAAUACUUAUUUGCACACUGAACUGCACGCAGCACAUUUUUUUUUUUUUUUUUUUAUUUAAUCAAAACUUUGACCAUGAAAACUUUUCUAUUGAUCAGUGCAAUUUUUUUACUCUUUGCAAUUGUUUAUGCUCAGAAUUCUGAUAGUGAAAUUGACGAGUGCAUUAAAAAAUGUUGUAAUGUUACUUCCUCUUCGACUAAAAGACGUCUUGUAAAGCGGGAACUCUUAUCAGACUUGCUUGAAUUUCUUCAGGUGUUAUUCGGAGAUCUGUGGAAUGUAAUUAAAUUGGUACCAGAAAAAGGCCUUACACUGCUUGAUGGAUUCUUCAAAAAUCUUUCAUUUUUCCACAGAAGAAAUCUUCUUGAAAUUAAUAAUAUACUUAAGAUAAGCACCGAUCAAGACGAAUAA